CUGCCACCACCACCCCCUCCAGCUGGCAGGCGGGCGGGGAAGCUCUCUGGCUAGUUCCACUUCCUGGUGUCCAGGGACUUGUGGGUUUGGUUUCGAUGGAAGAUUCAGAGAGGAAGUGCUUCUGUACAAAAUAAAAGAAGUCCAAGAAUCUGCCUGUAUCCUCAACCCCGCCCCCCGGAGAAUGGGAUUCAGAAUGAUGACAACAAUGAUGAUGGUAUGGCUAUAAAGGCCACAGAGACCCGCUGAGGGCUCACACUGCACACGCUCAGGCACUGUCUUCAGAGUUUGGCUGCAGCAAGGAUGUCCCUUCCCGUGCUCGCUUUGGCUGCACAAACACUGAAAGCGGAACGACACGGACAAGAUUAGCAUGGCCCCUGCGCAAGGACGACAUGCAAAUUCGUGAAACGUUCCACAUUAAAAAAAAAAUCAUGGUGUCCCUUCCUGAGGGUGGCCGGGCCUGAACCUCUUUGUUAGAAAAGAUUCUAGCUUCCUGGUCCAGCUGCCAAGAGGUGGAGGCCACGGGGCUGGCUGGUUUAUUUGCAUUUUCCUCCUCCAGGCCAGACAGUACCUAACUGCUGUGUCCAAACAAGACACUGUCCCUGUCCUCAGGGGGCUGGCUCCUCCCCAUUCCUUGGCAAAGGGGCGCACCCUGAGCCCUCCCCACCCCACCCCACCCCACCCCGCCAAUUGGGCCAAGCCCCAGGCUGGCUUCAAUCCCACCCAGACCUGUGCCAGCGACAGCAGCCUGCACGCUCCUGGUGGGCAGCUCCCAGCCUGGGUCUCUCUGGGACAGGUGGGAUGGAGAGGUGGCAGCAAUACCCCCAUCGUGGGACAACCUGAAGGCCGCCCCUUCCAGGGCGCGGCCAGACCCAGCACUUCUCCAUUCCCCUCUGGACCGCAGCCCCCUGGACGGAGCCCCCGCCGACGCCUGCCUGCGGUCACUGCGGCCGUGUCUGAGGCGGCUCCGCAUCGCCCGUCAGGCUUCGUGCCUCCCCUCUGUGGCCUCUGUGCUCUCGGUUCCUCAAAAGGGCCUCAGUCUGCACGUAAGGCCCGUGCAUUUCACUGUCAGACGCCACCAUGACGCCACCCGUGCAGGAGUCUCAUUCGCAAACUGUGGCGGAGAGCCUGCAAACCGGUUUGGUCCUGCAACUUGCCUCUCAAACAUUAACUACGAAAGCAAUCCACAACCAAAUCUUCACGGCGGCGAACCUAUUUGCUUGUGGCUAAUACCAGUUCCAGACCAUAAAACACUGAGGCAAAUUAAUUUGUCCUUGAAAACAGUUCCCUCCCUGUCCUUGGGGCCUGGCGCCUGCCACAGAACCCCGACUCCCAAUUCUAAUUCUGACACCGUCUCCCUGUCUCCACGCAAACCUCUCUCCUCCAGGGGCGGCCCCUCAGGCCCAGGCCAGGCGCUGCCACCAGCACCAACAGCACCCUCCCCCUCUCCCCCUCCCAGCCCACUUCUCUGCAUGGUGGUCCCUUCAGCAGAAUGUUCUGAUCUGCCAGCAACUGACUAAAAGAGGUGGUGAAAGCGAUGGUCUUCCUGCCACAGGGAGGGCCAGGGUCUUCUCCUGGUCAGUGUGGCCAGAGCUCCGGGAUUGUCUCGUUUGGUUUCGUGGAAGCAGAACAAGAAUUUAGACACCAGUGUGAGCUCCUCCUGCAUUUUUACAAAACGUUUCCAGUCGUCCACACCAAGGUGGCACAUGGGCAGGAACAUUAGGUCCACAUGGAUCCACUGCUAACAGACCAGAGGCGCCUCUGGAAGGAAGAGUUCUGGCAGAACCCCUGGGACCAGGGGGGCCUGGCCGUCAUCAGCAUAUUCCUCAUCACCGUCCUGCUGCUCAUGCUGUUCGCCAUUGUGUUUGGGGCUCUCCCUCCGGCUGAGAAGGCCGACCAGCCUGAAGAGUCAUGACCUGACUUUCGGGGGGCCAAGGGGGGCCACCUGUUCGACACUCUCCAAACACCGUGGGCCUUUCCCUCGAAGCCCCUUUAACAGUCUGGAUUAUACAUUUUAUGUGAUUCUCUGA